AUGCGGUGGAGCCCUAUGGUUGUAGAGUCGCUGGAGGAGAUGCACGCAGCAUACGAGAAGAUGCUUAGCGAGGCAGAGAAGCGACUGGCGAAGAUCUAUGAGGCGCCGUUGUCCAGGGCAGAGGCGGUUGAGGAGAAAAGGGAGGGAGAGAAUGGGGAUGCGGGGGAAGAGGAAAUCGAUGAAGAAGUGGUGGUCAUCUUGAAGGAGGCGGAAUCGGGGGAUGCAGUUGAGAGGGUCGAUUUGUGUGAGAGAAGGUUGAGGAUCCUCCCGGAGGCAUUUGAAAGGUUGAAGUCGUUGGUUGUGCUAAAUUGGAUCGAUAAUCAUCUUGAGGUUAGGUUUAAUUGA